AUGAGACUCUCUCACGUCGUGCCUCUCGCGCUGCUGGGCGCCGUGCAGGGCGCCGUGUCGACCAUCUCGGCCUUCGGCAACAAGUUCUUUUACGAGAACGGAACCCAAUUCUUCCUCAAGGGUGUCGCCUACCAGCUCACUUCGGAUGAUCCCCUUGUCGACUCGGAGCAGUGCGCCCGCGAUGCCGCGCUGAUGCGAGAUCUUGGAGCAAACUCGAUUCGGGUCUACCAUGUCGAUGCCUCCAAGGACCAUUCCGACUGCAUGUCCACCCUGGCCGAUGCUGGCAUCUACCUCCUCGUUGACCUCGACACCUUUGAUACUUACAUACUCCCGGUACGGCCCGUCCCCUCCCCCGGCGCCUUGUGGAUCUUGACUAGCCCAUGGUGGAACCAGACCCAGUAUGAACGGUUCACCGAGGUUAUGGAUGAGUUCCAGAAGUACGACAAUACUCUUGGUUUCUUCGUCGGCAACGAGGUUAUUGCUCAGGCGUCGCAGAGCUUGGCCGCUCCUUUCAUCAAGGCUGCUGCCCGUGACAUGAAGGCCUACCGCAACUCCAAGGGAUAUCGCAACAUCCCCGUCGGGUACUCUGCGGCUGAUAUCGCUGAGUUGCGGCCUAUGCUGCAGGACUUCCUCACUUGCGGUGGAAAUACUUCAGACAGCGUCGACUUCUUCGCGCUGAAUAGCUACGAAUGGUGUGGCGAUGUAGACUACAACACAUCCGGCUACGCCAACCUUGAAGUUGGAGCUGCCAACUUCCCUGUUCCAAUCUUUUUUUCCGAGACCGGUUGCAACACUGUUCGGCCUCGAACGUUCGAGGACCAGGCUGCCAUUUUUGGCGAGGAGAUGAUUAACGACUGGAGCGGCUCCAUAGUCUAUGAGUGGAUUGAGGAGACGAACGACUACGGUCUGAUCUCUUACGGACCACCUGUCGAUCCUACAGCUACCGGCAGCAACAUCGUCGCUGGUUUCACCAGACAGGGCACUCCGACACCUGUGUCUCCGGACUUCUCCAACUUAAAGUCGCAGUGGGCCACUCUCAACCCAACAGGCAUCAAGAGCUCAGACAUGGACACCAAGUCUCUGUCCACACGAUCUUGUCCCCCCUCGAGCACCGGCUCUGCAGGUUGGCUCCUGAACGGCGAUGUUCAGCUCCCCACAGUCGGUGAGACGCUCGUCGGAACGACUUACACCACGUCUGCGCCGACCGGCUCCGAUGGUUCACCGGUCGCCAACUCGACGAGCGCGUCUGCCUCUUCUACGUCGAGCUCACAGAGUCCUGCCAAUCCGAGCAUGCAAUUCACCAAAAUGACAGCCGCGCUUUUGGGUCUUCUGAUGUCCCUCACGCUGAUGCUGUGA